AUGCAAACAUUUGUACGUCAUUCAACAUCGAACACCUCUAGGCCGUCACCAAGAAACGUGACUACUAAGGGAAGUGACUGUUCCAUAAAUUACUCCAGUGAAUCACUUACAAAUAUAAAUGUUAACUACACAGAUAUUUUCAUAUUUACGGGAUCCAACAGGUCGUCACCAAUCAGCGUGACUAGUAAGAGCAGUAACUGCUCGAUAGAUGACAGUGUAAGUUAUCAUAUUAUCCUCGUAAUCACUGUUAAACUAUUAUACAUAUUCACAUUUACAGCAUCAAAAACCAACAGCCCGUCUUUCAAGCGCAAAAGUGAUAAGGAUCUCAAUGAGAACACUAAGAGAGAGAACAGUGACCCUGCUAUAGAGCAGAUCCAAAACGAAGUCUCUCACUUUACCAUCCUGGGGGAGUACAUAUCACAGAAAUACCAACGACAUGAGGUCUGUGAUAUCUGUUUUAAAUUGGGCGAUGAUUUAUUUCCUGCUCACAAAUUAGUCUUAGCCUCACAGAGCCCUUUGUUUGCCGAGGUGUUUGAGCGAGAAGCCUUCUCAAAUGAACCGGUGGCCCCCAAAGUGAUAAAAGUCAAGGGAGUGUCAGAAGAAGCCUUGGUUUCCUUUUUAGAUUUCUUAUAUUCUGGAAAGAUGGAUAUCAACUCCGUGUGUUUAAGCGAUGUUAUAAAAUUAGCUGCGGUCUUUAAAGUUGACCAGAUACGACGUUUAUGUCUAAGGAAAAUCGAAAAGCUGAAUUGUCAGGAUUUGCUUCAGCUCUUGCCAACAAUGGCAAAACUACAGGAACACGGUAUAUGCGACCUGAUAAUCAGGAAAAUUACAUAUAACUUCCUGGAAGUUAAGGAGGAUCCGGCAUUUUUCAACCUUGACCUUGAAACUCUUUGUACGAUAUUGUCUGCUGAUAAUAUCAUAGUCAGGUCGGAGUUUGAAAUUUUUGCGGCAGCAGUAUCAUGGAUCCAUCACCAUGAUUUCCAACAAAGAAUCCAUCACAUCGAAAAAGUAAUGACCUGUGUGAGGUUUACCCUAAUGACCAGUCAAGAGCUGUUCCUUUGUUUUCGAAAAUUUCCCAUGCUGAAACAGAACCCGACCUGCGUCAACAUGAUAGCUAUGGCCAAUUGGGCGAAGACCUCCAUGGAGCUCAAUGAGGAGGACCCGUUAGACCUCCCUGUCAACAAGAGAGACUGGUUCAAUACUCAACAAAGUGUCAGUAAGUACGCAGAGUGCUGUCUGAAUGUGCUAGAUGUAACCUCAAGACACAAGUAG